AUGGGGAAGAGCUGCAAGGUGGUGGUGUGCGGCCAGGCCUCCGUCGGGAAAACCUCCAUCCUGGAGCAGCUGCUGUACGGGAACCAUGUGGUCGGCUCCGAGAUGAUCGAGACCCAAGAGGACAUUUACGUGGGCUCCAUCGAGACGGACCGGGGGGUGCGGGAGCAGGUUCGCUUCUACGACACACGGGGCCUGCGGGACGGCCUGGAGCUGCCCAAGCACUGCUUCUCCUGCACCGAUGGCUACGUGCUGGUCUACAGCACCGACAGCAAGGAAUCCUUCAAGAGAGUGGAGCUCCUCAAAAAGGAGAUUGACAAGUCCAAAGACAAGAAGGAGGUAACCAUUGUGGUUUUGGGCAACAAGUGUGACCUGCAGGAGCAGCGCCGGGUGGACCACGAGGCAGCCCAGCACUGGGCCAAGGGUGAGAAGGUGAAGCUGUGGGAGGUGUCGGUGGCUGACCGGCGCACUCUGAUCGAGCCCUUCAUCUACCUGGCCAGCAAGAUGACACAGCCCCAGAGCAAGUCUGCCUUCCCCCUGAGUCGCAAGAACAAGGGCAGCGGGUCCCUGGAUGGCUGAGCUUCCUCCCUUCCCUUACUGCCUCCUAUUCCUUGUCUCCCUCUUCCCUUGCACCACCUCCUGCUGAGGCUCUGCUGUGUCACAGAGGAGGACUGGGAGUCCCAGGGCUGGGGGUGGCCUUUGAGGACAAGACAGGUGACCAAUCUCCCUGCAGCAGGCAGGGACCGCUCCUUCCCCUGCCCAGCGCCCACAGACG